AUGACCUCGCGCCCGGGCAGGUCGCUGGGCGGCGGACGCACCUUGGGCAGCGCGAAAGCGCUGUCGCCCGCCGCCGACCCCCGUCCGCACCAACAUCACCGCAACUCCAGCUUGCUAUCGCCAUCCGAAAGCUCCGUCUCCCUCGCCUCGCAGUCGUCCGUCUCGCCCGCCUCCACCAUCGAUCCCGAAAGCCUGACCGCCCGCGUGAACCUCGAACACUCGGACAAUGUCGCCGCCGCCUCGGCCAGCUCGCGCCUGGUGUGCCCCAUCUGCAAUGAGGAGAUGGUCACAUUGCUCCAACUCAAUCGCCAUCUGGACGACCUGCACCAGGACAUCGAGGAGGUCGAGCAGGACGAAAUCCAGACCUGGUUCCGCACCCAGAUGGUCAAGGCGAAGAAGUUCCAGCCGCUCGCCGUCCUGAACCAGAAGCUCAAAGGCCUCGAUGUCUUCGAAUCCAACGACUCACCCUUUUUGCCCGCCCCCGCCCAACCCUCCGCUGCCCAUACCCAACAAGAAGCCCAGCGCCCGCUGGAUCCAGAGGAGCUGGUGACGCGCACCCACUGGCAGCGUCCGUCCUACUCCGACGCCUGCAGCGAGCCAAUAUGCGGCAACCGCCUGGGCGCCGCCAACGGCAGCGUCAACUGUAGGAAGUGCGGCCGCCUUUUUUGCGAGGAGCACACCAUGUACCAAAUGAAGCUUUCGCGAUCCGCCCAGCACGAGCCGGUGCGCGGCAUCUGGUGCCGCGUGUGCGAGACGUGCUACAAGUCCAGGGAAGGCUACAACGACCACAACGGCGCGGAGCGUAAUCACACCGCCGCCUUCACCUCUAUCCGUAGAAAGCACGUCGACAAGGCUAAUCUGGACAUUGGUCGUCUGGAAAAGCGUCUUACCAAGCUCACACAGCUACUUGCAGAUCCCCCGCCCCCUGAGCAGCAAUCCGGCGCUGGAAGCCUGAUUUGGCCGCUAUCCAAUGCCAAGGCACACCAACGCGCUUUGGAACAGUCAAUAAUUGCAUGGGAAGAUGAUGCAAGUAUCGUGCAGUGUCCCUUCUGCCAACAGGAGUUCACGAGUUAUACGUUCAGGCGUCACCAUUGCCGUCUGUGCGGCCGUGUUGUUUGCGGUGACCCCAAGACAGGCUGCUCUACGGAGGUGGGGUUGAGCGUUGCAGCGCCUAACAGAUCCUCAGAGAAACUCACUGGCCAAGUGAGCGUUGACGUGCGCAUGUGCCGAGAUUGCAAGCAUACUCUUUUCAGCAAAAGCGACUUUGCUCGAGAACUCGCGGACAAGCCCCGCGACGCACGGUCAUACGAGAACUUGGUGCAAUUUCAACGUGGCAUUCGACUGCUCCUUCCGAGAUUUCAGAAGCUUCUUGCUGCUUUGCAGGAUCCCGAAAACCCUCCGUCUUCCGCCCAGCUCCAAGAUGCCACCAAGGUCCGGAAACGACUGAUGGAUGCCUUUGCCCAGUAUGACACCGCCGCGCGCCGGAUCCGUGACCUGCCCACGGAAUCCCCGACGCAAGCCCGACUGCAGAAAGCCGUGUACCAGCAAGCGUACAACUUCCUCAGCUUGCACAUGCUCCCUCUGAAGUCCUUGCCCAAGAUCCUCAAACACGCGUCGCCAAACGGCGCCCCGCAAGCAUCCAAGCCCAACGGCCGCGCCAACGGCGCCCUCGCCGCGAUCAAGUACAACGACCACGAAAGCAGCAGCGUCGCGAGCAGCAGCAGCGCCAUCUCCACCAUGGAAGCCGAGGAAAAGGAGCUGCGCGAGCGCCUCAUCGUGCUCGAGGAGCAGAAGUUCUUCGUCCAGGAGAUGAUCGCCGACGCCAACCGCCGCCGCAAGUUCGACGAGGUCAGCUCGCUGGCGCAGAACGUCGAGGACCUGAGCAAGGAAAUCGACCAGAUCAACGGCCAGCUCAACCAGUUGGACUUUGCCGCCAUCUACAGCGGCGAAAUGUUCCCCCCGCCACCGCAACGGCAGCAGUCGAACUAA